GGCUGCGGCGGGGCCUGGCGGCCUGGGGAACCCGGACCCCGGCUCUCGGCUCCCGGCGCCAUGUGAGGGGGCGAGGGGGCCGCGGGGGGCCGGGCGCUCCCCGGCGGAGGUGUGACCCCAUAUCCCUGCCCCCAGGGCCACCUGCAGGACACCGACCCCUACCCCUCAGCAGACGCCGGAGAGAGAUGAGUAGCAACAAAGAGCAGCGAUCAGCAGUGUUCGUGAUCCUUUUUGCCCUCAUCACCAUCCUCAUCCUCUACAGCUCCAACAGUGCCAAUGAGGUCUUCCAUCACGGCUCCCUGCGGGGCCGCACGCAUGGGCCUGUCAACCUCAAGAAGUGGAGCAUGACUGAUGGCUAUGUCCCCAUUCUUGGCAACAAGACGCUGCCCUCCCGGUGCCACCAGUGUGUGAUUGUCAGCAGCUCCAGCCACCUGCUGGGCACCAAGCUGGGCCCUGAGAUUGAGCGUGCCGAGUGUACAAUCCGCAUGAACGACGCGCCCACCACGGGCUACUCAGCCGAUGUGGGCAACAAGACCACCUUCCGCGUGGUGGCUCAUUCCAGCGUAUUCCGUGUGCUGCGGAAGCCCCAGGAGUUCGUCAACCGGACCCCUGAAACCGUGUUCAUCUUCUGGGGCCCCCCGAGCAAGAUGCAGAAGCCCCAGGGCAGCCUUGUGCGUGUCAUCCAGCGGGCAGGCUUGGCGUUCCCCAACAUGGAGGCCUACGCCGUCUCUCCCACCCGCAUGCGUCAAUUUGACGACCUCUUCCAGGGUGAGACGGGCAAGGACAGGGAAAAGUCCCAUUCGUGGUUGAGCACAGGCUGGUUUACCAUGGUGAUCGCGGUGGAGUUGUGCGACCACGUGCACGUCUAUGGCAUGGUCCCUCCCAACUACUGCAGCCAGCGGCCCCGCCUGCAGCGCAUGCCCUACCACUACUACGAGCCCAAGGGGCCAGACGAGUGUGUCACCUACAUCCAGAAUGAGCACAGCCGCAAGGGCAACCACCACCGCUUCAUCACCGAGAAGAGGGUCUUCUCAUCCUGGGCCCAGCUGUACGGCAUCACCUUCUCCCACCCCUCCUGGACCUAGGCCAACCUGCCUGUGGGACCACAGAAGGGACACAGGAGAAGUGGCUCUCUGCCCAGGGACUCAACUGUGGGCCGUCUUCUGGCCAAUCAAGGCCGGCUGGAGUGUCUCCCAGCCAAUCAGGGCCUUGACAAGGAUGUAUCCUCCAGCCAAUCAGGGCCUGGGGCUAUCUCUUGGCCAGUCAGGGAUUUGGGAGUCUAUGUGGUUAAUCAGGGGUGUCUUUCUUGUCCUGUCAGGGUCUAAGCUUAGUCAAUCAGGGUAUAGGGGUGCUUCUGAGUCAAUCUGAGGCUAAGGACAUGUCCUUUCUCAUGUCCUCUCUCUUGGUUCAGAGCCCCAGGAAUGGACCCCAAGUCACUCCCUCCUGGGUCGGGACAGUGGGGUCCCGUCCCAAGGAACUGGGAACUUGGUGUUGCUCCCUCAAUUCCCAGAAUCAGAAAGAGAUCCUGUGGGCGUGGAAGCUGUCUGGAGGCCAGGCCAGAGAAUUUGUGGGGUUGCGGAGAUUGUGGGGGUUUGGGCAGUCCCAGAGGUGGGAGGCCAGUGUCCGGGUCUUGGCUCUGCCCUGAGUGACUUUGGGCAAACCCCUCCCCUCUCUGGGUGCCCUUUUGCCUGUGUCAGGUUCUGAGGUGGUCUGAGACCCUUUCCCACCGCCCCUCCAACUGCCCUUGGGUCUGUUCUCCCUGAGACUGGGUCCCCCACCCACUCUACCUUGUUGGGAGGCUCAGCUCCUGGGUGAUUUGGGGUGCCCUCCCCACCUCCUGGAAAACUUUAGGGUAUUUUUGCAAAAACUGCCCCAGGGUUGGGGGACUCCGAUGGGAAUGGGACAGCCUUCAGCUAUUUUCUUAGCCAUCAGCCCAGCUGCCAUCAGCUUGGCUCUUAAAGGGCCAGGCCUCCUCCUCUGCCCUCCAGCAGGGAGGUUCCCACCUGUUCAAGGAGACUUUGGGGCUGAGAAAAGGGGAUCCCAGCCACACUGGGGUUUCACGCGGCCCAUCUGGAGCCGCUAAGGGCUUCCGAGGGUCUCCCCCGGGCCGGCCUGGGAUGGCUGUGGGGAGCUGGGAGCUCUGUCACCCUGGCUGUGUAUUGGGCACUUUAUUAAAGCUAGGCCUCAGUGGGUGUGUUUGGCCCCUGCCCUUCGGGAGCCUGGAAGGGAAGGGCUUCCGGGAGGAGGCUGUGGGGUGGGAAGAACCAGGCAGGGGAGGCCAGCAGCGAGCCAUUGCACACUGGGGUGAUGGGGGGGCAGCGACUGCCCCAGACUUGGUUUUGUAAUGAUUUGUACAGGAAUAAACACACUUAAGCUCC